AUGGCUCGACUAAAGACUUUCAAUAGUUUGCAUAGGUCGUCACGGCCAUCGUCACAGCCAAAUAUCACACAGGCCCCGGAUACACUAUGGGAGCCGAUUGGGCCGGGGAAAGCCCACCUCCUUCAAGAGCUCGAAGCGCUUUAUUGGGCUGGAGUCGAAAGUGAGCUGGAGAAUAUCAUCCGCACACUGAAAGUUUGGCAGCAGCCAGAGUACGCGGAUAUCAAUAUCAGCGACGAAAAUGAUACUAACGUUCAUGGCUUCGACACAUUUCUUGACCAGGUUUGUCAAGAGGCGAGAGCGUUCGCUAUUCGCUAUGGGGAGACAAAGCUAAAAGAGAUGGCCAACCUCAAACAAGCACAGGCGAUAUUGUCGCGUAAUCUUUCUUACCAGGAGGCAUUGAAGAGAGUCAUCCUCGAUACACGUGCGGAAUAUUUCAGCAAAAAGAUUAAAGAGGAAGUCCGUGAGCAACUUAACACCAUCCCAAGACUGUCUGGUGUCGAGUUGCGAGCGUGGAUGCUACUUCAGAAUGCGGGUUUCCUUGACAUCGACAAGCUGAUUGAGCAUCGGCCGCCGCUGGAUGAGUUAGAUUUCUGGAAACGACCAGCAAUUCCACAGCUAAAACUAUCCAAGUUCGAUAACCAAUGGGUCCCUCAGUUUGCUCCAAUGCAAUGUGCCGAAUGCAGGGCCAUCAUUCGUGGCAGCAUGUUCACUAGACAAAAACAGUCCGAGGUGCCACAAGAAGCCUCUCACACUAUAUGCGAAGACUGUUAUCGAUCUAAGUAUUAUGGGGAUGAGUCAAUAUCCAAGAGAUACAAGCAUUGUGUACUAUCUGAUUCUAUUCAAUCUAGUACGAGCAGGAAGAUGUGCCAAUGCUCAGAUGUACCUCACUAUGAUUCACAGGGGUGUCCACGUUGUCUGUUCCCACUGAAUGAGGAAGAUAAACACAUUUCCUACAGAUCGAGUCAUCGUUGCACGAUACUAAAACUCUCUGAAUUGGUUACAUAUGCAAAGUACCAGGGGCUUCUACGCACCGCAAAGGUGAAACGGAAGAGGGGAAUGCGAUUGUCUGAUGCCCCGUGGAUCUCGAGGAUUGUUGACCGAUCUCGGGGCAGGCAAAACACUCAAAAUACAGGUGCACAGCGUGGUGAAGCUUACAAUCAGUUGCCACAAACAUAUGGGGCAAAAAGGCAACCAGCCUUUCGUUCUGUGACGGAAAAUACCCGCCAGGGAGAUGAUCGUGCUCCUGUGUCGAGUACCACGAGCGUAGCGACGGAGUCCAAGGCGGAUGCAGAUAUCCCCCUUUUCUUUCGUCAGUUCACUGAGAAGUACCCUUUUGGAAACGUACAUAUGGCUUUGCGAGUAGGUCCGUUGGUUAUCGAGAACGGUGUUUCUCACACAAAAGCAGGCGUUCUUAUCACUCUGAGGGAAUCGCCAGUAUUUCACAAGCGCUUUGCACGGGGGACACAUCAACGCAGCCUAGCAGUUGGGGGAGAUUCGAAAAGACUUCUCUGGCAGCAACAACGACAGAUAGGUCAACCAAAGAGAUACAAAGCUUUAAUGAAACAAAUUGUCGGGGCUCCCUUUACAGGCGUUCUUUCCCAGAAACCGGAGAGCGAGCAAGAGAAAGAGAUAAUAGAGCUCCUUGUGGCAGCCAGCAAGCAGCCGUUUGAUAAUCCGGGCCUGCCUGUACUGGAACAGCAAAAGAUUCUCGACGCCGCAUUAAACUCUGUUCUGGAAAGGCUAAGGGAUAUGCUCAGCUCAAGAGUUAAGAUAUACCUUACCAGCAUUGCCCAGCGUCUUCUUGACCCGGCAAACACACUCACAUGGAGUGCGACAAGCAACAAUUGCCAGAAUUUCUGCAACUCUUUGAUCGACACAGACCUCUUCGAGCCACUGGCCAAUGGCCCACAUAUGCAAUCCAGUGAGGUACCCUCUCCGCUUUAUUUGAUGAGCUUCGUCUGUCCGCCCGAGGGUUACCUGAACAACAAGAUCAUCAGUAAAUUCGAUGUCCCCAUUGGAUUAACCGAAGAAUACCUUCUUCGGUUCCACUACGGCCGCCAUGACGAGGCAGACUUGAUUGACACCCUCCAAGAAUACUGGUACGACUGGGGAGCUUUCGGUUCUACAUUAUACAACUACCAGGACCUCUUUCCAUGGGAUUGCACCGAAGCAUACAGGAGAUAUCCGACUAAAUGCGGAGAUUGUAACUUGUCCAAACAUGUCUGGGCCUUUCCGUUCGAUUCAUGGUCUAUUAUCGGGCUGCACCUCUACCGCGAUAAACACAUGUAUCAACCCAAACAGGAUGCAGACUCCAAAGCCACCAACCCCUGGUUACGGGACCGUCUUACCAUCCUCACAGCAUCAUCUAUCCUCGCCCGUGCUGCAACAGCAAUGGCUAAAUCACCCACGUUUUGCAAAGCGACAGCCUGGCUCCACUCUAAAGAAAAAGGACUUCGCCGCAUCGACCCUUCCCUCGCUCGGGUCAAACUAGGCGGUAUCCACCGCGCCCAACCAUUCAGCCACUACUUCGAGGCCGGGACCUACAGUCACUACUUCUUAGCCGAAUGGGCGCUGAAAAAGCGCAAUUAUAAGAUUGCCGACUAUGAGACUCUCCGAGAUGGCCGUGCAAAACGACAUGAUAUCCGUAUAGGCGGGGGCAGAUUCUCAGAGACCGGCAGGCAGCCUACAGAUUUCAAUCAAUCAUUCGAUUGGUUCCGAGGACUCGACCAUAGUGCUCCCGAUUAUGAAUACUGUGGCAAUCAGGGGCCGAUAGAAACCGACGCCCAAUUCGAGGCGCAGGCUAAUGCUAGUAUGGCUGCUGCCCUUAUCGCUGAUUCGCAGCUGGGCUCUAUACAUAAUGCUGAGCAUGCUGCGGCACAGGCGGCUGUUGCAGCU